AACUCAAGCGGCGCGCUCCCUUUCCCGGCGGUUAGCGGGUGCGGAGCUGCGCGCAGCUAGAGGUUUCUGCGGACUGAAGCGCGGAUGCGGAGCGUUAAUGACACAGCACAGGGUUAUGGAAGUAGAGGAACCAGCGGUCGACUGCUAGGUCCCGAGGAGAGCGCUACUACUGUCGGCCCUGUUACCUUAUGAACGCUUUCUGGAGUCCUUUGAGGAGAAGAUGCAGCUCGUGUGGGUGCUCGCGCUCUCCUCGCUCUGCGGCGCGGGGAUGUGCAGCUACUCGGAGGAUCAGUGCAGCUGGAAGGGCAGCGGACUGUCUCAGCACCCUGGCAGCGUGGAGCAGAUCUCCCUACGCUGCGCCGAAGGCUCCCUCGAGUGGCUCUACCCAAAUGGGGCGCUGAGGCUCACGCUGUCCCCCCGUCUGCCCUCGGCGGCGGUCGGCCCGGUGGGCAGCGGCCACGGCAGCUCGGGCCACAUCACCGCCUGCGUGAAACCGGCCGAGAGCUUCCUGGGCGCGCAGCUCUACCUGGAGCGCGACGGGGUGCUCGAACUCCUGGUGGGCGACCGACCGGACGAAUCGCGCCCGCCCCGGGUGCGCUGUUUCAGCACGCAGCCCGGCGAGAGGCUGGCGCUGUUUCUGCAGGCAACGCCCCACCAGGAUAUCAGCAGGCGCAUCGCCGCCUUCCGCUACGAGCUGCGGGGGGACUGGAACGCGCGCGUCUCCCUGGACUCGGACCCCAUCAGCAGCGAAGGAGCCUGCAGACCCUGCAACGACACGGAGAUACUGAUGGCUGUCUGCACUAGUGACUUUGUUGUGCGAGGGAACAUCCAUUCAGUGGUGGACGACAAGGACCUUCGGGCUUCCGUCAUCAAGGUGAGCGCCACCAGGGUGUACCGGCAGAAGUACGCCCUGUUCUCGGGCGGCGGGCGCUUGGCCAAGUGGGGCGAGAUCCGCACGCUGUUGGAAUGCGGCGCCCGACCCGGCGCGGGCAGCUUCCUGUUCACCGGUCGCGUUCAUUUCGGAGAGGCGUGGCUGGGCUGCGCGCCCCGGUACAAGGACUUCCUGCGGGCCUACGACCUGGCCAAGGAGGCCCGGCAGAUCCCCUGCGAGCUGGCGUCGGACUGACGGAAGACGCGGCCUCCGCCGACAGAGUCGAGGUUUGCUCGUUCCUCGCCCCUUGGCACGGAGGAGGACCCCCCGCGGUUCCCCCGGAGAUGACCGGGCUGCCUCGCGGCGCUCUCGCCAGAAUAUCCAGAGAGCACCUUUCGCGUGAAUCUGAGACGCUCCCGCUGCGGCAGGAGGGGAAGGGGUUCCCCGCUCUUCAACCCAAAGACAUGUCGAGAACGUUCCGGAAGACAAGCCAUGAAGACGCGAAUCUCCCGGGUUCGCGCGAGAAGCCGUCGACUUGCCCGCCGCGGAUUGAAAAUGUCCGAAAUGCUCAGGAAGAAUGACCGCGGUUGGUUUAUCGUAGCGCGGCUUCACGUGCAUCCUGCCGUUAGCGUCACCGAGCGUGUGUGUUUUUUGCGGUCCGACGACCAAAGUUCCAAGCGGAGCUGACGGGGACGAGCGACCGGGGUCGGGAGCUCCUCUCCCGCGGUCGCCACAUUCCAUACGUACUGCUUUUUUGUGUGGCGAGAGGCGUCCCGCGGCGUUACUUACUACGCGUUCGAGAGAAGGUGGUGCGAGUGAGCGGCUCUGGUUCCCAGCAGCUACCGGAGACAUCGGACAUCGGGUCGUGCCGAGGGGGUGCGGGGGUGCGGCGCAGCUGGCAGGAACGGGGACCGGCGCUCUCGCUUUGCACUCUUACACGGAAAAGGGAACGAGCGAAGCUUCCGGUGUGGAAACCAAAUGAAAAGCAGAUUGUAAGUAGCUUAGUCCACACACACACACACACACACACACACACACACACACACACACACACACACACACACAGUGAGAGAGAGAGAGAAUUUAAUAUAUAAUUUCCACGCAGUUACUAUAUUAUAUUGUUGUAACACUACACAGCACUGUGCUUUUGAGAGCUCAUGAGUUGGCUGCGUGUAACCGGCUGUCCAGUCGUGCAGGACAAUGACCGAAUUUUCACUUUGUACUUCAAUCUCACACAGGGGCCAUUGUUCAUCUCGUCUGCCCUGUACAAAGAACUUUUGCUGUGGUUUCUUUUUUUCUU